AAAUAUUUCAUGAUUCUUGAUAUUCUUAGGUCAUCGAUACGUCAAACAGUUUUUCUUUUGACAAAUUCUUUAUAAAUCUUGUCGAUCGAUAGAAAUUUUAUCACGUGAUACAAUCAAAUUAUUAUUAAAUUCUGGACCAAUAGGAAUCGUAUAAGGGAAAUGUAUAAUAUCUUCGUCCAAUAAGAAGCAAAUCCUUUAUCAUCGACGAAUUUCGUAGAUAGUAGUAAGUUAAAUACGCGUUUAAAGAAGGGAAAGAAAUUUUAUAAAAUUUAAAGAUUAUAAAAUUUAGAUAGUUAAUGAAUUAAAAAAAUUUUCUCGAAAAAAAAAGUCAAACGAAAUUAAAUGAAUAAUCAUUUAAAAGAUGUCUAUUAUUUCGUAACUCGUUACAUAAUGUUAUCCGAAUGACUCAUUGAGACAAGAAAGCAGUAUUUCACAAACACACACACACACAUAUAGAAAAUGAUGUAAACGUAAACAGGAAGAACGAAUGGAGUCAUAAUCGAGCACACAUAGACGAAGUUAUACGAGGAUAUAUGAGAAAACAGAAAUAAAAGAACGAAGAAGAAGAAAAAAAAAAUAAUAAUAAAUAAAUAAAUAAAGCAAGAUGGUUCGUGAAUUCGAUAAGAAUUUUUUCGAACGUGCAUUGCGUUUUGGUUACAAGGACGAAACGAUAGAGGUACUCGAAUACGACGUUAAAAAUUGUUGCGCGAAGGGUGCGAAUUUUCUCAGCGAUUUGUAUCGUUCGACGUUGAAAUUGAAACGAUCUACGAAUGUAAAUGAUAAGGAAUACAAUAUAAACGUUAUAAUCAAAUGCGAGCCUUCCAUGGACGCAUCGGCAUUAGAAAUUUGUUCUCAACAAAAUUUAUUCAAGACGGAAUUAAAAAUAUAUACCGACGUGUUGAAAGAAAUCGAAAGGAUAACUUGUCAAAAGAUCGGACCUAAAUUAUUAUACAGUUCGAAGGAUUCCAAGAUUUUCGUUAUGGAGGAUCUAAACGUCGAAGGAUACAAAACAAUGGAUCGACAAAAAGGAUUAUCGUUGCAUCAUUGUCUCUUAUUAAUUUACAAAAUGGCCGCUUUACAUGCCGGCUCGGUUGCAUUUUGCGAGAAGAAUCCGGAAUUAGCGAAAUCCUUCAAAGGUGGUAUACUCGUUAACGUACUGGAAAGUUUUCUAAAACUAUCCGAAAUUAGUAUAAUUAACGCUUGUGGUGAAAUACGUCGUUGGUCGAACGAUUAUCACGAUUGUGCAGAUAAAUUGGAAAGAUUUGCUAGCAGAAUGAGGAGAAAAGAGGAUAUCGCUGAGAUUUAUCAAUACGAAAUGGAUGAAUUUUGCGUUAUUAAUCAUGGCGACUGUUGGAUCAAUAACAUCAUGUUCAAGGACAACGAGUUGGGCGAGCCCAGUGAAGUUUUAUUGGUGGAUUAUCAAAUGUCGGUUUAUUCUUCGCCGGCCAUUGAUUUGCUUUACUUUUUGAAUAUUUGUCCGGAUAAUAAAUUGAAGUACGAGAAGGAGGAUUAUUUUUUGAAAAUAUAUAUUAGGACGUUGGGCAAUAUAAUGAGGACAAUUGGUUGUGUCACUAAACCACCGACUAUAAAAGAUUUAAAACGAUCGAUGUAUAAGAGACGAUUGUACGCAAUUUUUUCAGGUAUCGUAUUGUAUCCACGUAUGGUUGCAGACGAGUGUGAACAUUUUGAGGAGGUAUUAGGUAAAUUAGAUGGCAAAACCAAGUUAAACGUUUUUAAGAAAGAAGAGGCAAUCGUGUCGACGCGUAAAUUUAUUAAAUUUAUGAAUCAACAGAGUUAUUUCGAUUGAAUUAUUUUAUACGACGUAAGGUUAUUAAUUCAUUCGUUAAUUAAUUAAAAAAAUUAUAAUAAUGAUAAGACUUGUGUUUCAUAAAAGUGUCAUUAGAAUAAGUUAAUAAGUUGAUUGCAAUAAAAAUAGUUACUUGUGUAAUUAUUAAAUAUAUAUAUAUAUAUAUAUUUAUUUA